GGCCUCCCCUUAACUACCACUCUUCAUCUCUAUAAAUUCAAAUAUAAGGAUUUGUUUGUUUCAUCAUACAUAUACUGGGGUUACAUAUAGUAUCAACCUAGCCAAAACUAGCCAUGGCUAGCCCAAAAGAUUGGCCAGAACCAGUAAUCCGUGUUCAAUCCUUGUCCAACAUGGCAGCCAUCCCAAACCGCUACAUCAAACCUCCACGAGACAGACCGGCGAUAAACUCGAUCCAAAAUGAUGUUAACAUCCCCUUAAUUGACCUACAGGGAGUAUUUGGCGAUGACAGUGCUCUUACAGCAACCAUUCUGAGCCAAGUAUCGGAGGCGUGUCUCGACUGGGGAUUCUUCCAGGUUGUGAACCAUGGUGUGAGCCCUCUUCUGAUGGACCAUGCUCGGGAGGUUUGGCGGCGGUUCUUCCACCUCCCCAUGGAAGAGAAGCAGGUUUACGCCAACUCACCGAAGACCUACGAAGGGUAUGGAAGCCGGUUGGGGACACAAGAGGGUGCCAUUCUUGACUGGAGUGAUUACUAUUUCCUUCACUACCUUCCUAUGUUGUUGAAGGAUCAUGAAAAGUGGCCUGCCUUGCCAUCUUCUCUUAGGGAAGUGAUAGAAGAGUAUGGAGCAGAGGUGGUGAAGCUGUGCGGGGUAUUAAUGAAGGUUUUAUCGAUGAACCUUGGAUUGGGAGAGGAAUAUCUACAGAAAGCGUUUGGUGGGGAAGAUAUUGGAGCAUGCCUGAGAGUAAAUUUUUACCCAAAGUGUCCACAACCAGACCUCACUCUGGGGCUGUCUUCUCACUCAGACCCAGGUGGCAUGACACUUCUCCUCCCAGAUGACCAGGUCCCUGGCCUUCAAGUCCGUAAAAGCACCACCUGGGUCACUGUGAAACCAGUUCCCCAUGCCUUCAUUGUCAACAUUGGUGACCAAAUUCAGGUAUUAAGCAAUGCAAUUUACAAGAGUGUGGAGCACAGAGUGAUAGUGAACUCAGCAGAAGAGAGAGUAUCGCUGGCGUUCUUCUACAAUCCAAAGAGCGAUUUACAGAUAGAACCAGCGAAGGAGCUGGUGAAACCAGACAAACCUGCACUGUACAAGGCCAUGACUUUCGACGAGUACAGGCUUUUCAUUAGGACCAGAGGUCCCCGAGGCAAGUCACAAGUUGAGUCUUCUCUUAUAAAAUCCCCCAAGAGCAAGCUUAUCACUGCUGCUCCUCCUGCUACUGCUAAGUGUUGUACUGUCUGACCUUUUUUAAUAAUAAAAAAAAAAAUUGUACAAA